GGAGCCACGGUGACCCCCACCGCCCCCGGAGAGCUGACCUCAGUGACCCAUCACCCUCCUGUCCAGCCAAGAUUACUUGGAGAUCGCGCAGAGGAGGUCGUUUUUGCUUUUUUCUACGGGGGAGCCGCAGCCCUCGCUCUCAAAUCUCGGGCAGGCACUGGAAAGUCCUGUUUGAUCAGUUUGACCCCGAGAACACGGGCUACAUCAGCACGGACAAGUUCCAGCGACUCCUGCAGAGCCACGGGGCUGAGCUGGACCCACACAAGAGGGAGGUGCUCCUGGCCCUGGCCGACAGCAACUCGGACGGGCAGAUCGGCUACCAGGACUUCAUCAACCUGAUGAGCAACAAGCGAUCGAACAGCUUCCGCCAGGCCAUCCUGCAGGGGAACCGCCGGCUGUGCAGCAGGGCGCUGCUGGAGGAAAAGGGCCUCAGCCUGCCCCAGCGGCUCGUCCGACACGUGGCCUACGAGACGCUGCCGAGGGAGAUCGACCGCAAGUGGUACUUCGACAGCUACAGCUGCUGCCCCCCGCCCUGGUUCAUGGUGGCCAUCACCCUCACGGAGAUCAUCUUUUUCCUCUACAACGGAUUCGCCCUGGAUCGGUUCGUGCUGCAGGUCACACAUCCUCUCUACCUGAAGAAUGCGCUGAUUUACCACCCGCAGCUCCGGGCCCAGGCCUGGCGUUACCUGACCUACAUCUUCGUGCAUGCGGGGAUCGAGCAUCUGGGACUGAACGUGGUGCUCCAGCUGCUGGUGGGCGUCCCCCUGGAGAUGGUGCACGGAGCAGCCCGCAUCGGCUUUGUCUACGUGGCCGGCGUCGUGGCCGGCUCCCUGGCUGUAUCAGUAGCUGACAUGACCGCACCGGUGGUCGGCUCCUCGGGGGGGGUCUACGCCCUCGUCUCUGCCCACCUGGCCAACAUCGUGAUGAACUGGUCAGGAAUGAAGUGCCAACUGAAGCUGCCGAGGAUGGCUGUGACCUUGAUCUGCAUGAGCAUAGAGUUUGGGAGAGCUGUGUGGCUUCGGUUCCACCCCUCUGUGUAUCCCCCGUGCCCACACCCCAGCUUCGUGGCCCACCUGGGUGGCGUGGCCGUGGGGGUCACCCUGGGGGUGGUCGUUCUGCGCAACUACGAACAGAGGCUCCAGGACCAGUCGCUGUGGUGGAUCUUUGCGGCCAUGUACGCCGUCUUUGUGCUGUUUGCCAUCUUCUGGAACAUCUUUGCCUACAACCUGCUGGAUCUGAAGUUACCCCCUCCCCCCUGAAGGCCAGGGGGUGGGGGCUGGGCGUUUUGGGGGGUCCUCAUUGCCAGGUACGUUUGGAGAUGCAA